GGCCCGGCCCUGGUCACACUGGUUCAAGCGUGUGAAAAAACAACGGACGGUCUUUCGUUUUUCGCGUUUUGUUUUUGUAUAUAUUUUGAACGAAAUAAGUAAAUAAAAUUAGGAUAAAAUAGGGUCAUGUAAAUAGUAUAUUUUUGUAAAAGCACGUUUCCACUCGAAGCCGAUUAUUGAUUAUAUUAAGGUCGGAUGUAAAUAACCGAACGCCAAUUGUCAUGUAAUAUUGCAAACAAUUUAAAUAAAAAAAAUUAAAUUCGUGCUUCCUUGCAAAAUAUAAGAUACCAAGACCAUGCGUAAGGAAAAUUUUAUAAGCACACAAAAUGCCAAGCCAGUAAACAACAAAGAUAAUAAAUUAAAUGGAUCUACAAAUGAAACUAAAAAUAAAGCAGUAAGUUUACUCAACAAGAAAGAUGACAGAGAAUAUGACCUUGUUCCGCCUGAUGGCGGCUGGGGCUGGCUGGUGCUACUGGGUUCGUGCUUGACAAACAUUCUUAUCCCCGGUACCAUCAAAAGUUUCGGAGUAUUAUUUUCGGAAUUUACUGAGGCUUUUAACUCUUCACCCACAAAGGCUGCAUGGAUACCGGCGCUGUGCUAUUUUCUUUACAGUUCGUUAGGUCCCGUUUCAAGCAUAUUGUCUGUAAAGUACUCGUAUCGUACAGUCACCCUUCUUGGUGGGGCCUCUGCAUCACUAGGAAUGAUACUUUCCUUUUGGGCAUCAUCUAUUGAGUACUUGUAUAUCAGCUAUGGCGUUCUGGUGGGAAUUGGGGCUGGUCUCUCUUUUCCACCCACAGUCUAUAUUGUGACGUCGUACUUUGCAAAGCUACGCGGCUUGGCUAAUGGCUUGUGCAUCUCAGGCAGCGCGUUGGGCAGCAUUAUUCUUCCGCCCCUUCUCCGCUGGCUACUAGAGACCUACGGCUACCACGGUUCCUGUCUAAUCAUGGGUGGCAUCACUCUAAACGUAUUUGUAGCUGCGCUUUUCUAUGAGCCUGUUGAGCAGCACAUGAUACGAGUACGGCGUGCACGUCAGUCCUUAGAGGACAUUCCCGAAGAGGAAGAUAUUGGCAUCGUAAUGAAGUUCGAGAAUGUCGACGAGUCCGCCUCAAACAAUGAGCAGGCAGAGAAACAGUUGUUACCUUUCAAUACCCCUCCAUCACCUCUGUAUCUUCCGGAGGAUGAGAAGCUACAGUUUGUACGGAGCGCUUCCGCAGCGGUUGUCCAAAGCUACUCAAAGCCUGGAGACGAGUUUCAGCCUCGAUCUCGUAAGAUUAGUACACCAGUGAGGCUACCCCAACGGAAUCAGACAUUUACACCUGGCCAGUUAAAUUCACAGUCUUCCUUGUACGCUGUACCAGAGGACCGAUCAAGCUCGAACAAGCUUACUUUAAGGAACUCGUCAAAGUCGCGGUUAUCCAAGCGCUCCCCCUCAACCAGCAGUUUUUUAUACGUCAGCACACCAUACCAUGGCAGCACACUGUCAUUCCAGCCGAAGGAAUUCUCCUCCCACUUGUCUCUUCGUUCAAUGACUAGUAGUGGAACGGGCGUUGCAGGCGGUUCGACCGGACCAGACGGAUCACAGACUGAUGUUGCAACCAGGAGCAAAGCGCUACCUUCACAACGAUUGAAGUUUUUUGAUCUCAGCCUGUUAAAAGACCCGAUGUACUUGGUCAUAUUAAUCUCGAAUUCGACGAAUGCAAUCAGUUACACAAACUUUAUCAUUUUGCUGCCCAGUUUUGGAGAAGCCAGGGGCUUCAACAAAUCAUUAUCUGCGUAUCUGCUUUCAGUUGUUUCAGCCACUGACCUAAUUGGACGUAUUGGUGGGUCAGCACUUUCCGACAUGGGAUAUAUACCUAAGACCUGGUACUUUGUUGGCGGCUUGUCAAUUUCAGGUCUUUCCCUUGCGUUUUUACCUUUUGCAUGGUCAUACAGUUCGGUUUGCUUCUGGUGCGCACUUUUUGGGCUCGCUUCAGGAAUUUACGUGGGAAUUACUGCCGUAAUCAUGGCAGACAUGCUUGGCACAGAACGACUUACGUCAUCUUAUGGUAUAAGCCUUUUCGUUAAUGGCUUGCUUCAGUUGGUUGGACCCCCACUAUGUAACUAUUGGUUUGAGGCGGUCAAUGAUUAUAAUCCUCUCUUCCACGCUCUUGGUUUGACGCUGUUGGCCGGAGCCAGUCUUUGGAGCUUCAUGCCUUGGAUUAAUCGACGCAAAGCAAAAACGGAAGAGCAACUAGAGGCACAAAUUGAUGAAGAGGCUGUCCAUAUCCACUAAUCGGGCGAAAACUCUUGUAUCAAACGACGUACAAUAACAACUAGAUUUUAGGCUUUAAAUUGCGUACAAACAAAGAUAUAGUUAAGUGUACAUGCUGUAAACGGCCAAAAUUAUGCAGGCGCAUCAAAGUUUUGGAAACUGUUAAUUUGUUUCUUUCAGCUGCUUUUUUUUGUAUUACUGGUUAGUCGUCACUAUUACAUUAUAUAAUACUACAAUUAUUAUUUACUUAAUACCAAUACUAUGAUGGCCUAGACCGCAUAAAAAUUAAAAGGAAUCCAAUGAGAGUUGAUAAAAAGUAACGAUUUUAUAACUAUUUUUUCUAUAAAUAUGCCAAAACAAAAUAAACGAAAAAUAAAACAAAAAAAUCUGCAAAAAUAAAAAUACACCGAAAAAGAA